AUGUCUGACCAGGUGCAAGAGCUCCUCGACAUGCCGCGCGAGUUCCUCAAGGAGGGCAUGCAGUUCGUCAACAGGAGCCAGAAGCCCGACCUGAGCGAGUUCACCAAGAUCUGCAAGGCCGUCGGCAUGGGCUUCAUCAUCAUGGGCGUUGUCGGCUACGUCGUCAAGCUGGUGCACAUCCCUGUCAACCAGAUCCUCGUCGCAUAG